CCUAUAUACACCAUCGUCAUCAGUCAUCACUCUCUAUAACCAGCGAAUAAUUAUCACAAAUAUGUUAUCUGUUGAUACUCAAAAACCGGAGCUUGAUGUUGCCGGUUCUACCAAGAAUGCCGCACAGCCACAGUCUUCUCCCCCCUCUCGAGUUUUCCGAUCAAGAUUGCCGGAUAUAUCCAUAGCGAAUCAUAUCCCACUACAUAGCUAUUGCUUUGAGAGUCUGCCGGAGGACGGUGACCGGACAUGCCUAAUCGUGGGAUCCACCGGGAAAACAUACUCCUUCGCGGAGACUCAUUUGGCUUGCCGGAAAGUGGCCGCCGGGUUGCACAAACUCGGGGUGAAGAAGGGGGAUGUAAUUAUGCUUCUCCUCCACAAUUGCGCCGAAUUCGUCUUCUCCUUCAUGGCGGCUUCCAUGAUCGGCGCCGUCACCACCACGGCGAACCCGUUUUAUAAAAAAGCUGAGAUUUUUAAGCAAUUUAAUGCUUCCAAGACCAAGGUCAUCAUUACCCAGAACAUGUACGUGGAUAACCUCCGAGAUUCCGGUGACGGGUACCCGAAAAUCGGUGAGGAUUUCUCGGUAGUCACAAUCGACGACCCGCCGGAGAGUUGCUUGCAUUUCUCUGUUCUGUCGGAAGCCAAUGAGGAUGAUAUUCCGGCGACGGUGGAAAUCAGUUCCGAUGACCCGGUGGCGCUUCCUUUCUCGUCGGGGACCACGGGGCUGCCGAAAGGAGUGGUCUUGACGCACAAGAGCUUGAUCACCAGCGUGGCCCAGCAAGUCGACGGCGAGAACCCGAACCUGUACCUGAACAAAGACGACGUCGUACUCUGCGUGCUGCCGCUGUUCCACAUAUUUUCUUUGAACUCUGUUCUACUCUGCUCCCUGCGAGCAGGGGCGGCGGUAUUGUUGAUGCCGAAAUUCGAAAUAAAUGCGCUGCUGCAGCUGAUAGAGAGGCACCGGGUGUCCGUGGCGAUGGUGGUGCCGCCGCUCGUCCUAGCGUUGGCGAAGAACCCGAUUGUGGAUACGUACGAUUUGAGUUCAAUCCGUCUGGUGCUUUCCGGCGCCGCGCCGCUGGGUAGGGAACUCGAUGCUGCACUCCACCGCCGAGUCCCGCAUGCCAUCUUUGGUCAGGGGUAUGGAAUGACAGAGGCCGGACCAGUGAUCUCAAUGUGCCCGGCGUUCGCAAAGCAUCCCCUCCCGGCAAAGUCAGGCUCAUGCGGCUCUGUGGUCAGAAACGCCGAGCUGAAGGUGGUCGACACCGAGACCGGUUGCUCUCUUGGCAGCAACCAAUCUGGAGAAAUAUGUAUACGCGGAUCUCAAAUCAUGAAAGAAUACCUGAAUGAUCCGGAAGCCACCGCUCGAACGAUUGAUGUGGAGGGUUGGCUCCACACAGGUGACAUUGGGUAUGUGGACGACGACGACGAAGUGUUUAUCAUUGACAGAGUGAAGGAACUCAUCAAGUUCAAAGGCUUCCAGGUGCCACCAGCUGAGCUCGAAGGUCUGCUCGUCACCCACCCGAUGAUCGUGGAUGCUGCCGUUGUACCGCAGAAAGAUGAUGGAGCAGGGGAAGUCCCUGUGGCGUUUGUGGUUAGAUCAUCCGAUGGGGUCGAUCUCACGGAAGAUUCUGUAAAAGAAUUUAUUGCCAAACAGGUGGUUUUUUAUAAAAAACUACACAAAGUAUACUUCCUCCAGACCAUUCCAAAGUCAGCCUCUGGGAAAAUAUUGAGAAAAGAACUGCGGGAAAAACUAGCUGGACAACUUCACGCGCCAUAAGAUUGUGUUUGCUCUAUACUGUAAUAACAUUUAGGGCAAGUUGUUCCCUAAACCGUUGAUUAAUUCGUUAUAUAUCUUUUGUUAUAUUCGAUUUGUAAGCUGCAACGUUGGUCAAAUAAUAUCCAUUUGAUUUGUAUGCUUCAUAUUUUCUAAUGACUCUUCUCACUUUUUUAUUACUCCCUCCGUUUCCAAAAGAAAGUCACGGUUUGACUUCAUGAUUAUUAAGGAAAUAAAUUGACUUUACUGUAGAAAA